UACAAUUAUAAUUUCAACAAUGUUUGUCGUGUGUUUUUAAUUCAGUGAUUUAGUUUAAAGUGUAUACAUCAUGAAGAAUAAACCUUUGAGGCAUAAAGCGGACAAUGUCUUCAAGUUUCAACGUUUCGCUGAACGUAUAUCGCAAAUAGAUGUAGAUGUGGUACACAAAGUACCUCACAGGUAUGAGGACCAGGAAGAGGAAGAAAUUUCCAGCAAUUUCCACAAAGCGAUAGAAAAAUGGGAUUUGCUAAAUUUAACAGAGAGUUAUGAACUUUUCAAGAAGGAAGCAAAACCCAGAAACAUUGUGACUUUACCUCAGUUGCUACACAAUAAAGAUCAUGUUGUUAAAACAUUGAUAAAACAUCUUAAAUUUAAUAAUAUCCUGUGUCAGCAGCCUUUGUUAGAAAUUGUUUCAGCUGUGGCUCAGGAUCUACACAAUGACUUUUAUGAGUAUUACAUAGAUAUACUAGACACACUAGUAGGACUACUGAAAACUAAAGAAUCAGAUCUUAUAGAGUGGACAUUUCAAUGUUUAGCCAAAGUCUUUAAGAUUCUUUGGAGAACUUUAGUUAAAGAUAUUGGAAGAGUGUUGACUACUCUAUUACCGCUUCUUUCAAGCAAUUAUCCAGACUAUAUAACGGAUUUUGCCGCUGAGAGUUUCGCAUUUGUGGCGAGAAAAGUCAAAGAUCGUAAUACUUUUCUGAAACUUAUACUGAAAUCAAUCAAACAUGAAAAACAAGUUAUUAUUGGUUGUGGUAAACUGCUGUUCCAAGUGCUUCAAGGGAUUGAGGGACAAUUUCAUAGCUGCGCAGACACAUUCUUUCCGUUUUUGUUGCAAUCUUUGGGUAACGAGAAAUUGCCUCAAGAUGAACUGUUCGAAAUCCUCGAACAAAUUAUCAUAAAUAUAUCGGAAAACAUUAAAUUGGCUAAAAUUGAAUUGGUGUGGAAGUCUUUCAACGAAAUCCUUCAAAAGUUGUUCAGCGAAUGGAACGCGAAAGCUGAAGAGUCAACUUCGAAACUUAUCGAUCAGAUCUUCACUUUGAUUGGUCAACUGAUCGAAUUAAAACAUGGAAAACUAUUGCCAACGCCGUCGCUUUUGAUACCGCAGAUCAAAACAGUGAUUGGGCUUAGCAAGUUACCUCAAGAGAUUUUAGUGAAAUCAAUCAACAUCUCGGUUCUUCUCCUACUGUCGCCUAAUAUAAAACUGAGUCAAGAGGAGGGCAGCGGUUUGAUCAGAAAGAUUUUGCUGAUCAAUAAUGCCGAUUGUUUAUUGCAUUUCGUUGCAAACACGUUAGAUUAUUCGACGUUCGAGGCUCAGAUCCUACCGGUUUUCUUGAAGUACUGCGUGCAAAGUGACUUUGAGAACAAGGCGGUGCGUUUGUUGUCAAAGAUAAUUCUGAGUAAAUCCGCUCUCUGCGAGGAUGGAAUUAAUUUCGGUAACUGGAAUAAGUACGAAAUUGACUUUAAAGGCAGCAAUAGCAAGAUAGAAGGUAUUAUUAAAUUGCAUAUAGUCAAGGUUGAUCUCGACAAGAUCGAGGAUUAUGUAUGCGCUCUGAUUUCGAUUCCGCACUUGUGCUUUAGCGAUUUGAGCGAUUUUCGUGAAAUUUUAAAGAAGAAUUUUGCCAAGGGAUGUGGUGAAAUUGAAGGAGAAAAGGACGAGGCAUUGUUAAAGAAGAAGUUAUUUUUGUUGCACCAAAACUUUGAGUGUUUGACUCAUAUCUGCGCCCCCAAAGAGUUGCUUAAUUUUGAGAAUGAUAUUAAGAAAUGCGUGCUUCCAUUGUGCACGGAUGUACGUUACGUGACUGCUCUGAAAAUUUUGGAUUUAUUCUAUACAGUACUGGCCAGUAAUGAGAAAAUUGUGAAUUCGAGUAUCCUGAAAGUCCUAGAUGAAAAGUUGCGGGUCAACUUUAAUUCACCGUAUCACAUGAUUCGUUUAUUGACUUGUCACGUGUACACUCUGUUUGAGCAAUGUCUCAGCAACGAGAUUAACAGGGAUGACUUGAACAUUUUCAAUCUGUGCUACAAUGUGGAAUCGAUUACUGCACAAGUGGAUACGUACCGUGAUCAGCUGUACUCCUUGGAGAAGUUGAGCUUCGAGAAACAAGAGAGUAGCAGCAGUUUGGAUUACAAAUUCGUGGCUGUUAGGUACAUGAGCGGUGUGCUGUACAUGAACUUCAAACUCUUAUGGGAGCCCACUGUGAAACUGAUUCAGAGUCAUGCACAUAGAAUGGACAAGAAUGAAUUUUGGCCAGUUUACGUCGAGAUUCUGAAGCAGGCCAACGGUUUCGUGCAGAAUCCACCAUCGAGUUUCAUCGAGUGUUUGAAUGUGGAAUUCGAUUUGAUCAACGAUUUGUACAGGAACAACUAUGAAAUCAAGGAUAAACCGGAUUUCAAUAAUCAUCGAAGGUAUCUGUGGAAAGCAUUGGCGCAAUUUCCAGAGUACGCCGAGAGCAAGAGCAAAGACAUAUCACAGCUUCUUUUGGAUUUCAUUAAAGAUGAAUAUUUGCGUUCCAAUUCGGAUAUUGCAUCGUCUUGCAAUAUAAAGAAGCAUGAUUCUGAUUUGGUGAAUGAAACUAUUGACGACGAGAUGGAAGAGCAAGAAGAUAAUAAAAUGGAAGACGACGAGGAAAGGGGUAAGAAGGAACUGGAAGAGAUCAAGAAGAAACUUAAUAGAGCUGGUCUAAUUACUGGACUAAGAAAUGCCACGCAAACGCUUCAGCAAUAUUUGGAAGUAUUUUCGAAGGUGCGCAAUCCGCGUUCGCUGUACAAAGAAACGGAAUUGUAUCAUUUGUAUUUGGACCUGUUGAGUCACAAGGAUUCUAAGAUUCAGAGAGCGGCGUUGGAUUGCUUGCUGACUUAUAAAUUCAAGUACUUAUUGCCGUACAAACAGAAUUUGUACAAUUUGAUCGACGACAAGGAUUUUAAAAAUGAGUUGACCAUGUUCACGUUGGGCAAGGAAAAUUCAACGGUGCAAGAGGAGUACCGAGCGGAUCUGUUGCCUAUAGUCAUGAAGAUAGUCCAUGCGAAGAUGAUCACUAAGUUCGGUUUGAGGAGCGGAGGAAAGUCUGGUGGAUUUGUCAGGAGGAAUCUGAUUUUAAGAUUCUUGGCCGGAUGCAAGAACACAGAGAUGAUGUCUUUCAUGAAAAUGUCUUUUAAGCUCUACAAUAAUUUCAUUAAGGAUGAUAUCUCGGCUAUGGUCGGUGAGAUUAUGGAGCAAGUGGAUCUGGAGAAUUUCCUGCCUCCUAAACGUAUUUUGAGCGGGGUUAAUCUGCUGGGCGUUGUCAUGAAGCAAUUUGGAAACCACAUGGAUGAGGAUCUUUUGCGGUACAUUUUAAAGAUUCUGUUUGUGGUAGGUGCUCACAUAAAGGGUGCCUACAAGAAUCGACCGGAGAUUUACAUCGGUUAUUUGCCGACGCUGAGGACGAUCAGGACUAGUUGCUUAAGUUUAGUGCAACAAUUCUUUGAGCAUUUCGAGGAUUUCGCUUGGACGGCUCAAGAGGUGAACGUACUGUACGACUUGUUCGUAUGGCCGUAUUUGGAUAAGAUGAAGUUCGAAUCGCUGAAAAGCCCUACGACUCUACUGAAACUUUUGUGUUAUUGGGGUAAAGUACCCAGGUACUUCUCAUUGUUGGUUAAAUAUCACACCGAUGAUAGACUGAUGAAUCCUAUGCAAUGCAUGAUGGAAUUAAUUUUGAAGAAGGACACGCACAUGAGUGUUAUUAAUUCGAUGCUGGAAACCGUGGAAAAGAUGUUGCGUUACGAGAAGAGCGAAGACGAAGAUAUGGUUCUAGCAAUACCUGUCGACAAUCUAUUGCCAAUAACGAAAGUAUCCGAACAGGUGCAGAUUAAAGGUAAAUUGAAUUAUGGCACAUCCAUUCUGGUGCCGCACGUUCUUUCCAUACUGGAAGUCAUUAGAAGGAAACUUAAAGUGCAUUCGAUAAAUCACGCUGAACUGUUCAUAUUGUCUCGGAUAUCCGAGCUGUCUUGGGAUUCCAAGACAAACGAGAUUAUCUUGAACCUUUUGCUGCCAGUGGUGCUGAAGAAGUGCGUUAGCAAUAAGGAUGAGGAUGUAAUAAUGAGAUACCUCGUAUCGAUAAAUAACAUGCUAAAGAUAGUGGAAACUCCAGAAGUAUACUUACCAAAAGUAUCUCCACUCUUUGGGUGUUCGAACUUCGUCACAUCGCGAAAAUUGUUGUGUCAGAUUUUGGAAACAAUGAGCAAAGGUAAUAAGGAUAUACAGGAUAUAUACGAAAUCGCCAACGGGUUAAACGCAUUCGAUACAAAAUGGGUGGAUCAACCGAAUUUCCAGAAACGUUUCGAGGCGUUCAAAAGGGUAAACGAGAUCGUUUCCAGUCAGAAACCUUUGAGCAAGGAGAUCGGAAUUUUGGUGAUUUACAAUUGUUAUUACAUGCUGAACAACGAAUCGGAUUUGUCGCUCAGAGAGAAUUCAUCGCAUUGCUUAAAAACAUUGACGCCGUAUUUGGUUAAUCAAGUGCCGCACGUCGAUCAGAAAUACGUAAUCGAAGAAACCAUUUUGGCAAUGAUCAAGGAUGGCAUGAAGAGCAAGAAGAUGAACUUGAGAAACGAAUGUAUUUCUUUGCUGGGUAACUUGGCCAGAGAGUGCGCCCAUACCAACGUUAUUCUUCAGGAUUUGAACAAGCUAACGGAUAAGCACGACUUGGAGGUGGAUUUCUUCGAGAAUUUGGUUCAUUUGCAGGUACACAGGCACGGUAAAGCGCUCACCAAAUUCAUGAAGGUCUUCAAGAACGAAAGUUCUUUGCCGAAGCUUCGAACACUCACCCAAUAUAUACUUCCGUUGGCCGCUCAUUACCUCUGCAACGAAACCUUCUCCACCAAACAUCAACUUAUCGAUACAUCCGCUGAAACCAUCGGCGUCGUAUGCAGACUUCUUCCACAGCAGAUCUACCUUGGCGUGCUGAAGUAUUACUUGAACAAGUUGAGAACGAGUUUCACCUAUCAGAAACAAUUGGUUAAGGUCGUCGUGCAAAUCCUGGACGCUUUCCAUUACGAUCUGAGUCAAGGCCAGGUUGAACCACCAAAAGUUAUACCACGCGUAGAGUAUGAGGAAGGUAAAGAUGAAGACGAGGAAGAGCAGCAAGAACCAGAAUUAGGAGACAUCGAGGAUGAGUUGGAGAAGGAGGAGUUUACGGAAACGGAAUGCAAACCGUUCGAUAAAAUCACUGUUCUAUCAAAGGCUACCGCCACGAAAUUAACUGGAACCAUUCAGGAAAUUUUGUUGCCUCAACUUCACAGAUCCUUGGCGACGUUAAGUCAUCGCGAUAAAGCGCACAAAUUGAAUAAGAAAAUGAAUUUAGUUGAGAAGGAGGAGGAAGAUCUGUUGAGGGUUCCAAUAUCUUUGGCUGUGGUGAAAUUGUUGCAACGCUUACCUAAAAAAAUCCUCGACACGAAUUUACCUGGAGUACUCAUGAAGCUUUGCACUUUCCUUAAAUCGAAACUGGAGAGUGUGAGGAGGACUGCGCGAGAGACGCUUCAGAAUAUUAUGAAAGCUUUAGGACCAAAGUACUUGAACGUCUUAUUGGAAGUAAUUAUUCCGCUACUCACCAAAGGUUUUCAAGUGCACGUUCUUGUAUUCACAAUACACGCUGUAUUGAAUACACUGAAAGACCAAUAUCAACCGACCGAUGUUGACAAGAUCAUGUUGAUGGUGAUCGAGAUUUGCAAAGCGGAUUUGUUUGGAAUCUUAUCCGAAGAGAAGUCGGUGGUCCGAUUGAUAGAGAAAACGUCGGAAGCGAAAUCGAUGAAGAGCUACGCAAUCUUCCAGAUUUUGGCACAAUACAUCACAGAUAAAUGCAUAAUGGAUUUGCUUUUACCUCUAAAACAAAUAUUAUCAGGAGCGCGUUCCUUCAAACAUGCUAAAACUGUGGAAGAGUGUUUGAGGAACGUCACGCUAGGCUUAAUUGACAAUCAAUUCAUUACAGUUUCAUCGCUAAUCAUGUUUGCUUAUGGCGUUUCUUCGGAAAGUAUUCCAAACUUUAUGAACAAAGAUGCUAAACCCGUCCAGGCUGCACCAGAGAAAUUAUUAACUGUCCAAACCGAUUCAUAUUUGAUACCCAAAGAACCGGUGGGAAGAACGAUGGCUUUACAAGCGAAGAACAGCGCAAACGCUCACGAGCAUAUUAUUAUCGAGUUCGGUUUGCACAUAGUUUAUUUCAUAUUGAAACGAGAGAAGCUUCACGACGAAGAACUCAAACCCUUGCUGGAUCCUUUCGUUAAAAUCUUCAGUGAGUGUUUAAACUCUAAGCACGUAAAAAUAAACACCGUCACAAUGCAAUGUCUGCAAUGGGUGGUGAAAAUGGAUAUGCCGUCGAUGAGGGAGAAUAUGAAAGACAUAGUGGAAUCGCUUUUCGCGAUUUUGCACAAAUACGCCACUCCGGGCUUGCAGAAGGGCGAUAAUUUCGAUUUGGUUGUUGCUGCAUUUAAGGUGAUGACCGUGUUUAUUCGCGAUGUAAAAUACGUGACUUUAGAUAAAGAUCAACUGAAAGUGUUGCUGCUGUACGUGGAGCAGGAUCUACACGAUAACGAUAAGCAAGCUAUCGCUUUUACUUUACUGAAAGCCAUCAUAUCGAGGAAAUUAGUAGCCAAGGAGGUUUACGAUAUUAUGCAGAAGGUCGCCGAGCUCAGUAUAAUCUCAGAAUUGACGCAUAUUCGACACCAGUCGAGGACAGUUUUCCUUCAAUAUUUGAUGGAUUAUCCGCUGAAGAACAAAUUCUACAAGCUGAUCGACUUCUAUUUGGCCCAACUGAAAUAUGAGGUGCAAGUUGGUAGGGAAUCUGCGUUGGAGAUGGUGCAAAGCUUCAUAAGGAAUUUGCCAUUGAAAAUCUUGAAAGAAUUAAGCCCAACAUUAUUCGUGCAAUUGGGAAUGAGGCUGGUGAACGAGGAUGUUCCAAGUUGCAGGAAAACAGCCGCCGAAUGUAUUCGAAGUGUUCUCAGUAAAAUUACGAAAACCGAACGCGAUCCAUUAUUCAAUAUGACUCUGAGUUGGCUGAAGGAUAAGAAAGUUCUGCACAAAAGGUUGGCUGCACAACUUUGCGGUUUACUGAUCAUAGUCGAAAAGGCGUCAUUUGAAGACCGUCUGCCCAACCUGAUUCCACUGGUAAUUCUGCAGUUCGGCCCGAUCAACGAAGGUCCCGGUAAAUGUGUGCUGUUAUCAAAAGACGAAGAAAUAAUUGAGACUGACGACAAACAGGAUAAGAACAAAGACCAUCAUCUCUAUCAAGUCCUGCAGAUGAUUCUAAAGCUGUGCACGAAUUGCCCUAACUUCUUGAAAGAUUCGCGAACCAUAGAAAACCUCGCCGUCCACGCCCAAUCUCUGUUAGCCUAUGACCACGAAUGGGUGAGAUUAGGUGCAGCGCAAUUUUUGGGCUUCAUCUUCUCAACCAUAGACAUAGAGAAACUGUCAAAGUUGCUGAUGAAUAACGAAAAACUAGAGGGUGCAGGAUUCUUGUAUUCAGAUCCGCACGGCGCAAUCAAAUCGUUGACGCUAGAUUUUUGCGCGCAGCUUCAACCGAACGCAAUCAAAUGUAAUUUGGCGGAGCAAGUCAUCAAGAAUCUGCUGUUCAUAGCUAAAGUCAUCAAGGACAUUCCGAUAUCAACCACCAAAGUCGUAAAAGAAAACAACGAGAUGACGAUUAAUCUCCUUUGGUUAGUGAAGUUGUUAAGAAAGUCCAUCAACUUGGAGAUCCGAAGUGGAAGUAUCGUAUUACGACACGAGAUCUUCAAAUGGAUCGGUGGAAUUGUGACUGUAAUGGAUUUCGAGGUUUACAAGCCGAUCAUGUUUCAUUUGAUGGCGCCUUUAGUCAGGGAAUUGACUACGUCCUCAAACAAUACGGUUGUCUUGAGGCGACUCGCAAAGGAUGUGGCGAAGAUUAUCAAGAACCGCGUCGGAAUCGACGUGUACACUGAAUACUUCUCGCAGAUCAAUCAGAAAUUGGAGAUCAAAAAGUCCACGAAGAAGAGGCAAGCUACUCAGUUGGCUGUGACGGAUCCAGAAGCCUUUGCUCAGAAGAAAAUCAAACUUAACGAAAAGAAGAAGGAUGCCAAGAAGAGGAAGAUAAGAAAGAUGAAAGAUGGAACUUACGUUAAACAGAAGGAGGUAGAUUUGGAGCAGGACAUGGAGGAGUAAUAUGUAAAUAAUUUAUAUAUGUUAAGAAAGAAACUAAAGAAUAAAUGUUAUAAUAAAAUA